AAGGAAAUGACGUCAUAUGUCAACAAAAGUUCAGAUAGGUACAGGUUUUUUUUAGGUAAGCAUAUUGGUUGCAUACUUUGGUGUUUUUGAAGGACUUUUUAUUGGUAAAUGGAGAAAGAUAUAUGCGAUUUACAGGUCUUCGAUCAGCAGUUGACAUGACUCAGAGUACCUCCUCCAGCCACUGGAGGGAGCAGGGUAAUGGAAUCUACGUCACAGCUCGAGAUAAUUUGUGUCCCAGCGUCAGGAAGGAGCGUCUCAGGCAGGCAGCUAGCUGUUACUACAAGGCCUUCAACUUCAGCGUGAAUGAAGAUGAAAAGGUAUCUGCAGCCAAAAACUUGGCCAUGGUGUCUUGGAAAACAGCCAAAGUGGACGAGCAGUGCAUGGAGAGGAUGUCCCUCAUGGUCCACCAGUAUAAAGAGGCCUUCAAGCACUUCUCCUUCGGCUUCCAUCACUCAGAAACGGUCAAGGCCGACAGCUGGCGGGACGGACUGCUGGCCUCGGCCAAGGGAUGCUGGGAGGAGCUGAGGUGUGGGCGUGUCAGUGAGUUGUCAAUGGAGAACCGUGCGAUGACAUACCACGAUCUUGUACAGCACAUACAGAUCCCCGACUUACAAGCAGAGUGCUACAUUGAACUGGCUAACUGUCACUUUCAUUUUGGGAUCACUGCUAUUCAGAAUAAAGACUUCAAAAGAGGUUUAUAUGAAAUGAGAGACUGUUACAUGCCCAUCAAUGAGGCUAAACGAUGUCAAGGAGAAAAGAUCAACAUUCAGGCAGAAAUCAGGAUCCUAGAGGAGGAUGUCUUCAUGCAUCAGUGUAUGGCUGAAGCCAUGCAGGCCAUAAGUAUUGGUGAUGAUUUGUAUGAAAAACUCAUCAAAGAUGAAGAGUCCCUAAACAUGGACAUGGCUUAUGAAGUGAUAGACUGGUUUAAACAGGCUGUGAUCAGAACGCGUGAGGUCACAGAAGUUGAAAUAGAGGCUGUAGCCCUGAGUCGCCUGGGAAGAUUGUACGACCAGGUCCUGAAGAUCAAAUACAAGGCCAAGGAAUACCUGAUGAGGUCCAUGCAGCUUGCUCACUCUAUGCACCCCCGCACAUUUAACAGCGAAGGCUGGUUUAAAGACUGUGCAGAAAUUUUAGAACGCUAUCAGAAAGAGACAGUGGCUGCAGAAGAAGAGAAAUGGAACAAGGAAAGAGAAGAGAUUGUGAAGGGUUUGGAGAAAGAAAUGAAAGGUAUUGAGAAAGCUGACGAAAAGGACAGCCAGGAGUUCCUGCGAUACGUGUACCGCGUCUUUCCCCCGAAGAACAAGGAGCACAAACUGGAGGGUGGACUGAAGAAGAAGGGCUUCCACGUGGAGCAUGACAAGCUGAAGAAAAUACUGCAGAAAGCUGUCGUCCACUACCACCCCGACAAAGUGGAUACUGAAAAACACGGCAAAGUGUGGAAAGUCCUGUCCGAGGAGAUCACAAAGAGGCUGACACGGAGGUACGAGCGCAUGAAGUAGGAAGGUUCAUUGUCCUGGAUUUGUGUUCAUGUGGAUCUCCACGAUAGAUAGAAAGACAAUUGUCCAGUAGUGCUUUGUUAACAUUUUAGGAACAUUUUAGGGAAAAUCAUGUUUUAAAGGUUUAAGAAAUCUCAGUCAGUGUUACUCUGUGUUCUGUAGUGACUAAGAUGAGUAGUUUGUUAUUGAUAAUUACACUCCAGUUUUCUUCUUAUUGCAAUAUACAAGUAAUUUGAUUGAUAUUUUAUGCCCCCGUUUUUGAUUUUUAAUGUACAGUAUCAAACAGUGAAAUUCCCAGAUGGCCAAACUGACACUUAAUUCCAUUAGAUGUUUUGUUUUUUUAAUAGUGCAUGUUUUUAUGUUCCUUUGAUACCAUAGAUAUAUUGUAACUUUUGGAUUUAAACAUUACAUAAGCGAUAUUUUUGGUAUCCAUGUGAUGAGAAGUUUGUUUGUUUUCAUGUAGUAGGUAGAUAUAUUCAAUUGCUUCUAGUCAUACAGUCUCACGACCAUUUUAUUUUAUGCCAUAGAUCAGUAGUGUUGAUGUUUACUUUGAUGCAUGUAGUGCUUUAGCUUGGUAGCAAACAUUUAAAUUUUGUAUUGGGUCAAAUGUCAAGUUGUAACUAAGUGUUUUUCUUUUAUUUCUUGUUCACUUUUACAUCUUUGAAAUGUAGAUUGAAUUUAUGCUUUGACAUCAAUUUUAAAACAUUUCCCUUUGGCUGUAUUGAGAUUGCAUUAUAUUAAUAAAAACCCAUCACAAUUUUUUCAUAAAAAGACCCAGACCCUAUUUAAGUUUGUAUAUUGUAGUUAGUGCUAUUUUCUAUUAAAAAUAUGAUACUUUUGAAAUUUUAGACUUGUACUUGAAUUUUUGCUCCUUAGAGACUUUGAAUGAACAAUUUAAAUUUUGAUUUUUUUUUUUUUUUUUUUUUUUUUAUAAAUUUAUCAACUUUGAAAGAAAAAAUAAAAAUCAAGGUGGGUCCUCCUUAUGUGGAUGGCUUCUUCUUAAAAAGUACUGUGUGUAACUGUAUUGAUUAUUCUCAUAAUCAUCAUCGGAAAAUCCCAAAAUUAAUGUACGUAACAUCAAGUUGUUGAUAUUAAUUCAGUUGUAACAGUCAAACAAUCACACACACAUGAAUGGGCACGAGAAAAAGUAAUGUGACGAAUAGUACAUUUUAAUGUUUUUUAAGUCAAACAGUUGAAGUAGUUUGUCAAUUUCCCAAAUUUAACUUUUUUUUGCAAGUUGAUGUCAAUUGAUAAAGGGGUACCCACAUAUGUAGAAAUUGAAGCAAGAUAACAUGAAAAAAACCCCACAAAACCCAUGUAAAUUCUAUCUAUAUUUUUGUAGGAUUUAAAUCUUAUUUUCUAGAUAGAAAAUAAAGACAGUUAACAUAAAAUGAUAUGUUCAAAUACAAAAUCUUGAAAAGUUUUGGUACGGAUAACUUCCCUGUCAUCUUUAUCGGUUUUAAAAUAGCGACACAAAAUUAGUAACACAAAACCUGAGAAAAAAUGUCGUCAGUAGAUUGAAAAAAAUGUAAAGAGAGACCCGCUUUACCGUAAUCUUUUUAUUAAAUUACAGAAAUCAUUUUCAAGGAAUUGGUUAAAAAUCAAAGUUGCUUUUGAAAUAGCUUUUCACAUCUGUUAACCUUGUUCUUUUUUGUCUCAAUGUAGAAAAUAAAAUUUUAAAUUAG